AUGGGCUCUUGCCUGUCUUCGCCGCCAAAGGUUGCCGAUGCGGCCGGCGGCGCCGCGCCGGGCGACGCCGUCAGCCAAGGAUCACUCGGCGCGGACGCGCCGGCCGCUGGCGGCGGCAAGACGCAGCUGCCGCGCGCCGCGCGCGUCAUCAACAGCUCGGCGUCCUCGUACGCCAGGCAGGGGCUCGCGGCGGAUUCGAUCGACGGCCUUCGGGUCGGGUCGAUCACGCUGUCGCAGCGCGGCGCGAGCGCGAGCACGGGCAGCGCCGCGAGCGCGGCGGAGGCACACCUGCGGAUCUUGGAGAAGGUCCACGCACUUCAGCAGCAGCUAGUGUCAGCGAGCGACAACCCCCUCCUGGGCCUGACGGAAGCUGCCGACCUAGCGGGGCAGCAGCUGCACGCUGACCUCAGCGC